AUGUUCGCGCUUUCGACCAAGUCGCUUCUUCCACAUCAUCACCACCGCCAAUACUCUCGCGACCGCUCCAAUUCGAACGCUACCCCCUCCGACAGCAAUAUCGUCCCUCCAACCGCGAUAACCGCUCCUCCUCCUCCUCCUCCUCCUCCCAUAGCACCACCACCGGCACCACCAUCUAGCCAUUCCCGCCGUUUCUCCACCCGCUCCAACUCCGUCUCGUCCUCUAUCGUCACCAUCCGGCGCUCGACCUCCCUCACCUCCAAAUCCGCGAGCAAUCUUCCCGCAACCGAUCCCUCGUCUCCAGACCUGCAGCGGGCCGGCCCAGCUAAGCUCCAGAAGCGCUUUCCGGGCAGCGGCAGCAAUCGAAGUUCGCGACGACACUCGAGUAUCGCCCAUCUCGAAGGGGUCGGGAGCUCGUUGAAUCGCUACUCACAUUCCACGUCGUCGAGCAAAUCGUCGGCCAAAGAGUUUCUAACGAGCACCGGAACCGCCCGUCAAGUCACCGCGACGCACCUUCAUGGACCGUCGGCUCGACUGCCUCCCACUCCCAAUCCCACCGCAACAUCUCCUCCAAGGAAAGGGGACCGAAGUCGAUCACCGGUUUCCUCUCCGCAGCAACGACGCAACAAUUUAGCCUCGAUCCUUCCUCCUCUUCCGAUUCAAACCACCGAUUCGUUGCCAAUUCUGACCAGCGCCGUGUAUAACCCCAACGAGACCUCGUCUUCCUUAACGACUCCCACCAAUGCUCGACCUCCGUCUCGACCCAGUGCAGCGAGCACCUUUAUAAACGCCCAAUUUGACCACGGACCACCACAAACCGCGCCUCCGAACCGACCACCCCCCAAUCCGACCCGGCGCCCUGCAUCACCAACAAACCGAUCACUCCACCCCACAAAUCACCGUGCCGUACCUCCACCACAGCCAUCGCCGACCGUCCCCCCUCAAUUCUCGCAAACGCCUCAGUAUCGGUCCGACCGGCGACCCUCCGAUCCCCACCCAGGCCCCACGGUUCCGCGACAAACGAGCGCCGCCUUGGCGGAGCGGUACGGGAAACCCACCGGGACGCGCAUAGGAGCCACGGGAGCAGGCGGACGAAGUGCCUCGCCCGUCGACCAUCGGGACCAGGAACGCCGCGAGCGGGAUAAGAAGACCAUGCUCUCCCGCGCGCUGCAGAAGGCGAACACCGCCGUGGUGCUGGACAAUGCGCAGAACUUCGAGGGCGCCGUGGAGGCGUACGAGGAUGCGUGCAAGCUGCUGCGGCAAGUGAUGCAGAAGACCUCGGGUGACGAGGAUCGGAAGAAGUUGGAUGCAAUUCGUGUCACCUAUACCACCCGUAUCCGCGAGUUGAAAAGCGAUUCCUCAUUGCAGCCCACCGGAGGCAAGUCCUUGCCAGCACGACCAAUGAGCGAUGAAUCAUUAACCGGGGAUUCUCAAACCAUCAUGGCGGAAAUCCUCGAUGCCGACGAUCAAGAGGAGGAAGAGCAAGCAGUGAUAGCAACAGCCACGAUGACCCGGAUCGUGAACGACCCAUCAACGGAAACCCCCAACCCACGAGGACCACCGCCCUCGGUCAGAGCACCGCCACCCCCAGUAAUACCCCCACGACGUGAAUCCGCUGUGACGGCAGCGAUGCGAGAGGUAGCAAGUGCAAUGCCGACAUCAAGGAAUGAGGAGUACUUUCUACGGCCUGGAGGCCCUACCGCCACUCCACUGCAACGGGAUCGCAUUGUGAAAACCACCCUUGGCGUCGAAUUGCCCAUGGAUCGAGACUACAUGCCCCCUCCACUCUCACCGCGAAGGCCUAUGACGCCGAAAGAAGAAGCCGGAGACGAGAUACCUAACCUGCAACGGGCUCCGCAACAAACUGGCGGUCCUCGACUCCACGACCGUGGGAAUAGCGAAGAGUCCAUAUCGUGGCUCGACACCGUCGACGAGUCCCCAAGCUCAUCGUGCGCAUCCUCGGUCCACUCAAUGUCCCAAAAUGGCAUCAAGCGGAAGCACCUCCGCAACGGGAGCGGCGGGACGGAAGCCGAGUUCGACGCCGCGCUCGACGCAGCGGUGGAGGCGGCCUACGACGAAGGGUUCGAGCCGUACCCAGAACCCCCACCGGCCAGCGACUCCUACACCGACGCCGUUGCCACGGUGCGCCGCAACAUCGAACUUGCGAAGGAAAAGAUCCGCGAAGUUGAACGCGAGGAGGCGAUUAGCGAGGCCCACCGUCGGGAACGGCAACGCCAGAUGAACAAGCCGCCGCUGCCGCACGUACGGGACAGCGUGGAUGAAUACCAUGGCGACGACGCGGACGAGGAGGAGCGGAUCUUGGACGAGAUGACGAAGGAGUACAUGCUCGACGGAUUCGAUUUCGGACUGCAGUCGAAGUCGGCGUUGCCCCGUCAGUCGGAUUCCAGCGAGUAUUCGGGCAAGACGUGGCACAGCUCCGUGUCGUCGAAACGGACGACCGGCGGGAUGUCGUUGUCCACCGUGUCGGAGUCAACCAUCACGGAUCUACCGGAGGGAAGAUCAUCGCAUCAUGGACCGAGAGGACCGGGAGUCGCGCAACGGAAUGCGCUCUCAUCCGUCUCCGAAUCCAAUUCGUACCUAACGGAGGCAUCGGACUCGGCGGACCCUACGAAACCAGAGUCGUCCUCGGCGAACAAUCAAGACACGAGCAUCAAGGACCGAAGAAAGUCGGCACAAAACACCAAAGGAUUGACGAUCGAAACUUCAGUAACAAAAGUGGUGCUUGCCGGCGCUCCGGAAGGCUCAUCUGAUGUUGGUGCUCCUGGAAUAACCAAACCAGAGCCUUCUCCGUAUGGACCACGCACAUCGUCAAGACAGCCACCAUCAGCGACCUUUCCGAGACAGCCGCCGUUCACCGCACCCGCCGCCACGACUCUCCAUAUUCCCUCUCCGAGCCUAGGCAUCAGCCCGUCCGACAGCAAUGCGGUGACGAUAUCCCCCGCAACUCCGCUCCUCGCGCAGAUCUCCACCAGCGAAAGCGCCCCUGUGCCUCCGUCGCCAUCCACCAAAUUUCCCGGGAAGCUUCCAGGGGGGUUGCGGAAAAAUAAGUCGUCGAUUAGCCUGAAGAACCGAGCGUAUUCCAUCUCCAGCCCUGACGAGGGCUCCGACGGAUCCGUGAAUACGCCGAUAAGUGCCACAUUCUCCGGGUUCCCUCCCCAUGUGAGAAAGGCCACCCUCGAUGCACCAGGUACUGUGCCUGCGAUGCCUCCAUUUCCCAUGGACGCCGCGGGUACGGCCGGUAUGCAUCUCUUCGAAAGCGAUAUCCACUCUCCUUACAGUCCGGGAACGCCGAAUCCUCUGGCCUUAAAUGCGCCCAUCCCCCUGGAACCAUGCCCCGACUCGUAUCUUCUCCGACCCUUCUGGCUCAUGCGCUGCUUCUACCAAACGAUCGCCCACCCUCGCGGCGGAUACCUUUCCACCAAGCUGUUCGUCCCACGGGAUGUCUGGCGCGUCAAAGGCGUCAAGGUCAAAUCCAUGGAAGAAAAAAUCGCCAACUGCGAUCUCCUAACCGCCGCGCUUCUCAAGCUCGGCGCCGUCGACACCUUCGACUCGGAAGCCGUCCUCGACGAGAUGCAAUCCUUCGAGUUCGUCCUCGACCAGGUGCAAACCAACCUGGUCAAGAAGCUCGGAUCCGACGUCGGCAUGUCCGGUGUCACCUCCCUCUGGAAAGACGUCCCCAUCCUCGACGACAACUCCAUCCCCCCCGUCCCCGGCCUCCCGCUCGGCAAGUCCGCCUCCGGAACCCAAUCCAAAGGCUACCUCACCAGCUGGCGCAAGCUCCGCUCCAAGAACACUAGCACCGGCCUCGGCGCCUCCGGCUCCAUCUCCGGCACUGGCUCCAUCUCCCUCACAGCCCAGCGCGACCCGCCGCGCGACGGCCUCGUCAUGCCCACCCUCCCGAUGACCUCGCUGGUGAACCCGCGGUUCGCGAAGCGCGACGUCGCCGCCGUCGACUUCAGCGGGCCGAACGCGAAUUAUACCAGCGCGCUGGCCCGGCUGUUCGACGCCGUGCAGGUCGUCGACCAGGUGGCGCGCCAGGUGGAGGAUCCUGGGCUGCGGCACUCGAACCCCACGUACGUCGGGCUGGAGCUGUGCGCGCGGCAUGCGGCGGAGUUUUUCGGGUUCUACGUCUGUCGGUUCGUGUUGGCGGAUAUGUCGAUCCUCUUGGACAAGUUCGUGAAGCGGGGGUCGGAGUGGGUGCUGGUGUAA